GUCCGAUAUAAGAACGCGGGUUUACAAAACAGACGUUUAGUUGUUUAAAACAACAGUUUUCCUGAAGUUUCACUCGUGAAAGUGUGAAUGCUUUAAAAGUUGGAUUAUAAAUUAUAUUACAAGUUGUAUCGUUUAUAGAAUAAUUAUACAGUAUCUUAGAAAUAAGUGAAAUUUUUAAAUAUAAAUGGAUUUAUGGUUUUGAUACUUUAAAUAAAACGUAACAAAAACAUAAAAUUUCAGUUUUAUCUGUUUAAUUCUUGGUUUUGUACUUUCUACGAGGAUUAAGAUUCAUUAAAUUUCAAAAAGUUAUGUGAAUUUCAAAAAACUUUUGCGUUUUAUAUGAAUGCAUAUAAUGAUAUGUAUUACAAUUUCAUUUAUAUCAUAUGCAUAUGCAUAAAUUAAAUAUAACAUGUAUAAAUGUAUGAAUGAUUGGGAACCUUGCAUCAUACACCAUGACAGUGGAUCUGAAAGCGCACCUUUACUUUCUUCAGAAUCUCACACUAGUGUAGAACCUGUUAUAUUUCAAGACUCUGAGACUAGUGAUUUAGAGAGCACUUCUACGAAUAGUCAUUUCAAGUAUGGUAGUUUAGGAAGUUGUAGUCGACAUUCUAACAUUAUACAAGUACCAAAGAGACCACCACCCCUUACCGAUGAUCAUACUUUAGUUACACCUUUAGUAUUAAAUACCUCUUCCUCCUUAAGUGUAAUACAAGACAGAUGUUAUGAAAUCCAUAAUACCGAUCUGCUUUUCGAUAUGGAACACAAUAUUAGGCUCCUCUUUAUUAACAAUACCAUGGGGUAUUCAAAUGGCUGGUUUCUUCCCCGGUAUUAUUUUAAUACUUGUAAUGAGCGGUUUAUGUCUAUAUACUGCUUAUUGUCUUCUACUUGUACAUAAAUAUUAUGAUGGACAAAAAGGUAUUGAAGUAAUUCAGUUAUGUCGGAUAUAUCUUAACAAAUGGAUAGAAUAUGUUGCCAAAACUUUUAGUAUAGCAGUUUUGCUAGGUGCAACAAUAGCUUACUGGGUCCUAAUGUCUAAUUUCUUAUAUAAUUCUGUAAAUUUCAUAUAUGUGCUAUGUCCAAAAAGAAUAAUCUAUAAUAGCACAAAUUUAGUAAUUCACGAUUAUACAUACAAUACUUUAGGACCAUUUUGGGAUUUAUAUAAAACAGUUCCUAUUUUUCUUGGUUUAUUAAUAUUUCCUUUUUUGAAUUUUAAUAGUCCAACUUUUUUUACAAAAUUUAAUUCGCUUGGAACUGUGUCAGUUAUAUAUUUAAUUAUCUUUGUUUUGAUUAAAUCAUACUCAUGGGGUAUUAAUAUGAAUGAAAUAGAAUGGACCACGAGUUGGACAUUGAAAUUGUCAUUUCCUGCACUCUCUGGAAUGUUGGCAUUAUCAUUUUUCAUUCACAACAUUGUAAUUACUAUAAUGCAGAAUAAUCAUGAUCAAAGCAAAAAUGGAAGAGAUCUUUCAAUAGCUUAUCUUUUGGUUACUUCAACUUAUAUCAUAGUAGGUGUAGUAUUUUAUAUUUGUUUUCCACUGAGCAAGUUAUGCAUAGAAGAUAAUUUAUUAAAUAAUUUUCAAAAAUGGAACGGCUUAACAGUAGGUGUUCGAAUUGUUCUUUUAUUUCAAUUAUUAACUGUUUAUCCAUUACUUGCAUAUAUGCUACGUGUUCAAUUACUUAUGUCAAUAUGUAAGACAUUUAAUACAAAUUAUGUUAUUUUAAUCAAUGUUGUUUUAGUAUCUAUAUGCAUUUUAUUCGCAGUAUUUAUACCAUAUAUUGGUACAAUAAUACGAUAUACAGGUGCCUUUAGCGGUUUUAUUUAUAUCUUUACUUUACCAAGUUUAUUAUAUCUGGCAAUUUUGAAACAACAAAAAAGAUUGACGAUCUUUUCUACGUUAUUACACAUAAGUAUUCCAAUAUUUGGAUUUUUAAAUCUAGUAGCACAAUUUUUCAUUACAGAAUAUUAAAAAUACUCAAAUUUAAAUUUUAUAAAUAUUAUAAUAUGAUUAAUCAUAAGAUUCAGAUUAUUAAAAUUAUAUAUAUGAAUAUAACCAUACUAUAUGACAAAUACUAUAUGAAUGUAAAAUAUGUAAUUAACUGAUAAAAAUGUAUAUAGAUACUAAUAUGCAAAUUUUAUAAUAUAUAAAUUAUAAAAAUUUAUUUAUUCGACAGUCUGCUGAAAACUAAUUAUAACGUGUAUGUAUCAUGAUUUAUGAGAAUAGACGGAAUAAUUUAUUUGUAAUUACAUAUUUACAAUGUUUAUAAAUAUUUCAAUUUAUAUCUAAUUAUACUAUUUUAAAUUUUUUGAAAUUUUAUAUACCCAAACGGUAUCAACACCUUCGCCAAUUGUUUUUAUUUCACUUAUAGUAGGAAGUGGAAACCUACAAGCAAUUAUGACAGAAUCUUCUUGCAACUCUUUAAUAAAUUUUGUUUCGAUAUCAUUCAUCUUUGAUCAACACCAAAUAUGACGAUAUUGUUAUAUUUGUCUAAGUUAUGCUUCCAUAAAUUCUGUUUUAUAAAUUUGGUUUGUGACGACGAUUUAUUGAUUAAAGCUUUCAAUCUGGAGUACCAUAUUAACCAAGGAUUUAAUUCAAUUCCAUGGGCUUUAAAACCUGCUUUUGCCGUUGCAAAGACCUGUGCGUCCAUCUCCACUUCCAAGAUCAAUCAAAGAACCGGUACGUCCUUCUAAAGCUUGCAACACAUUUUUUACUUGCUGAGAUGUUGCUGGUACAUAAGGUAAACAUACUUUGCGAAACGCAGGGCUCACAAAUGGAAUACAUAUUACACUGAUAGCUGUUGCAAUGCCUCCUGUUAUCCCGAUAAGAUACAAGCCAAGUUUCGACGUUUUCUGCGAUAUUCUUCGUGAUGGAUUGAUAUUAUAAAUUAUUUCGUUUAAUUCAUUAACCUCUGACAUUUUAUGUAAUUAAUAAUUGUCAACAACAUAAAAAUUCGUUGUUUUCUCUCAGACGUACCGUACGACUCACGAGUAUUCCUAAUACUAACUUCAUUACGUCUUGUUGUGCAUCCGCCUUGACAAAUCAUGAUUAUGAUUACGAAUUUGAUCAUUAACUAACUAGAUAGAUCAGACAAUCAAUGUUUUUU